CGUCUCGUCCCGUCUGCCACUCGCCUCUAAUUCCACAAAGAGUUAAGAAAUAGUCAACACCAGUUGCCUAGGUAGAUCGAAAUUUAGGCUGAGACAAACAAACCGGGUUAGUGUUUGAGUUGUAUGGGGUAAAUUAUUUUUUUUACAUAUAAAGGGAAUUUUUAAUCUGUAUAUGUUUUUUGAACUUAUCAAAUUUUAUUUUAGUUUGCUAUUUUUUAAGUGAUGGGUUCCACAAAUAACGGUUAUGUACCUAAUACACAAGCGCAGCUCAGAUAUCUAGUCCAGUGGUUUCAUGAGUGGAGUGAAAUGCAGAGAAGUGAUUUUCUGCCCAUUCUUUCCCAGAAAUUUGGCAGCAAGAGUUACGUCAACGGUCUUUUACCUGGAAUUGACGGAUUACCCAAUCUGGAAGAAAAACCACCUAGUUUAUUUCAGUGCCGAGUCAAGUUGUUCAGGGAAUGGUCUGAGACUUGGAGCCCAGCAGACAAAGAGCAAUUUUUGAGUCACAUCAAAGCUAUGGAUCCAGAAUUUGUACAAAAGUAUGAAGAUGAGAUUAACACAUCAUCAAAAGCAUCAAGUAAUGACAUUGGCCUAGAAGAAAACAGUGGUCUGCAGGAGUAAAGCAUGGAAAUACACAAAUGGAAUUUGAAAAUAAAAUUAUGAGUUAAGAUUUAUUUUUAUAAACACUACAUCAUUCCGACAAAGGUUGUAAACUUCAUGCAAGAUGUGAUAAUGACAUAUUUUAUAAAUUAUACAUAUUUUAUAAACCUUAUUUAGGAAUUAUUUAUAGUAGGGUUAAGUUAUCUGUGUUGGGUCUCAUUUAUAAGGCACUAUAUGUAUAGUUUUUGUUAUUACAGUUAUUCAUAGUUUAUACAACUACUUCACUCCCAGUUUAUGGACAUGUAAUGUUAUUUUAAAUCAUUUUAAGAUGACAACCAAAUACUUUUGUUAUCAAUAACAUUAUUCUAUUCCUACUUGAUAUUGAACUUUCACAUUACCUGUUCAUACUGAAGUACUCAAUUGUGUUGUCUGUAUAUUUAUAUAUUAGUUACUGUAAUGUAAUUUUUGGAAAUAUUUAUUUUAUAGUAGGUACUAAGUGUAAGCUAUCUCUUUACUUUUGUAAUGGUACUAGAUUUUAAUUUUAUCGAAUUUAAUUUAAUGGAUUAUAUUUACGUGUAGGUGCAAGUUCAGAUAAAUAAACUUAAGGUCUCUAACUCUUAAUUACAGAGGGUGUUUUCAUGUUUGUAUUAAAAAAAUUAGUGAUGGGAGAAGAUUGAGAAUACAACAAAUAUCUUUCAGCAGGGCUCAUCAAUAAACAUAUUUUGUCUAAUAUGGAAUGUAUUCGUUUUUAUAAUUAAGUCUCGCUAUAAAUCAAACAAAGUGUAUUUGAAUAUUAGAUUUUACGUGUUCAAUGUUAUUGAAAUCUACACAUCUGUUAUUGUAAUCUUGAAUGUGUGCUGAUUAAUUUUGCAAGAUGCAACGUUUGUUAUUGUGCACAAAUCCAUUUCAGAAAAUAAAUCUUUAUAAAAUAUUUACGACUGAUGGUGAAAACCCCAUGUAUAAAACAUAACUUUCAUGUCUAAUUGUAGAAAACUGUUAUUACAGUCACGUCCUGUAGUAUAGUUAACAUGUGAUAGUAUAGCCUGAUGUGUUGGAUGGUUGGAAUGGAUUUUGGAGAAGCCAGACUAAUGGGAAGCCAUAAUUAAAUGUGCUUAUUAUUGUGCUAAUUAAAAAGCAAAGUACAAUAAUUCAAAUAAUUUCAAUUGAAAAUUUAAUUAAAUGAAAAUAAUAUUUAUGCAGGUAUAAAGUAUUGUAUUAGAGCUUUGUAAAAUAUAAUUUUACAGUAGACCUAUUUGUAAAUUGUUUCAGUACAACCCAAUGAUAUAAAUAAAAAUCAAACUAAACCCAUAAAUCAAAAUAAUUAUACUACCUAAAGCAAAACAUGGUUUUAAACAUUAAAAGAAUAAUUAAUUUAGUAUAUUAUUACUUGAGUAUAAAGAUGAAAACAUAGUGAAACAGUACAACACAGCAUUUGUCUGAAAAAGUCUAACAGCAGUUUGUCUAUGAUGUUUCCGUUUUCUGACUUAGAUGUUCUCCCUUUGUCAUAAGCAAACAGUCUGUAUCCAUCUGUGAUACCACUCUUAUAUAGUUCUACAUUAAGGAAAUGACUAUUUUUAUGUUAAAGGGAUUAUUAACACAAAAAUCCCCCCUGGGGGUGUGUGAGAGGGCUUCUUAGCCCUAACUUCGCCUGGUAAAAUAAGACAUUCUUUACUUUUUUUUAUUAUUUGCCAUUGACUAUUCUUAACUUAAUAAAAACUUCGUUUUCUUCAUUAUUGUCUUUUUUGACAAGCCAGGCCAAAUUAGUGCGAGCACACUGAAGGAGACUAUAAUAAUAGGUAUUAAAGUCAAGAAAUACUGGGAGUUUUUAGUAAAAGGGUUGUCAUAAAGUAAAGUCUGUCAUAUAACCCUUUUACUAGCACAUAAAGUGACACUAUUAUAGGCCUAAUAGGUUCUAGUAUUGAGGAAGACCAGGCCCUUUUUUAAAUGGUAAAAAAUCAAACAAUUUUCAUACAAAAGUGAGCAUAAAGCCUAGAAACUAGGGGACUGGCACACUUUUUAAUUUUAUCUGUAUCCCAAAUUGAAUUUUUUGAUAUAACUUUUUAACUUUAAAAUAGGCAGUUUAUGUUAAAUUAAACUUUAUAAAAAUUAGGAACACGAACUAUUGUUUAAGCAUAUGCUACAACAUUAUUUUCCAACAACAAUUUCAAAUUCUCGCUAAUAUUGUGCUUUAGAGAUAAACAGUUUUGGAAAACCAAAACCAUUUGCUUGAGUUCAGGUUAGAUCUACUUCACAGAGCAAGGGACUGUAAGUGAAAUGUACUAUUAUUAUUAAACAUAUAAAUGAGCUAAUUCUAGGGUUGCUAUAUCACUGAAUUUCCCUGGAAAAUUUAUGGAUUUGAGGUUAGUAAAAAUAUGGCUCUCUUUUAAACUUUUAAUAAAAAUGCAUUACAUAACAGAAAUUUUAUUUUGAAAUCACAUUUAAGACAGAAGUAUUUUUGUAUGUAACUAUGUUACAGUGUUACUCUACAACAAUGUUGUCAUGUUAGAUUCCCAAAGCUAAACCGUCACCUAUACACAUAUUAAAAUAUGUUGUAGAAUGCUGAGGAACUAAGAUAUAGUGCCGGUCCAAGUAACUGAAUCAAAACCAAAAGAACCAAACUGAAAUUAGCUGUUUUGCUAUCCGUUCUAUGGUCUAUAUUUUGAAUGGACAUUGUCACAUUUUGAAAGCGUCAAGUUGUUUACAAUGACAAUUUGCAUAAAUGUUGUAAGGCUAAUGUUUGUACUAUUUAUGGUUUAAUAUAUUAUGAAUUACUUGUGACUGUAAUGAGACAAAGAAGAAGGCUAACAUUACAAAUGUACAAAAUAGACCUGUAUUUUUCAUGAGUUCUUGAGGAACAAUUUCCUAGUUUGCAUCUGUAGAAGGGGUGUUUACUCUUGUCUGCUUAAUGAGGAAAGGAAUAGACUAACAAUAGAAUAAAUUAUAAACCGUUCUCAUGUGUCAAAUAUAGCUUCAAAUUAUAUUUUUGUCAAGAGUAUUAUAAGUUUUAUACUUAUAUGACGUAAACAAGUAUAGUGAUACUAUCCAUCAUAUCCUGGCUGUAGUACUGCCUUGAUUCCCACUUGUGAGAAGUGUGUCCUUUGAGAUGAAAAUAAUAAUUGUGAUUACAUUAAAAUAUCCUUAAAUAUAUUGAAAAUUUAACUGAUGAUCGAUAAGCUAAAUAAUUAUAAUGUUGGUAAAUUAUAAGUUGCUAUAGUUUUAUACUGAAGGCUAAUUUUACCAUUUAAAAAAUAUUAAAUAUUAUCUACUAGCUGAUAAGGCAACUUAAAAUUAUUCUUCAAUUCUACAUUUUAUUUUUACACUUGUUUUACAAAGAGGUUAAUUUCAUUAGCAAAUAGUUAAAGUUAACAAUAUACUGUAGUUAUUUUUGAUUUUGUACUUUGGUAACAAAUACUUGUCAAAAGUCUUCCUUAUUUUUCCCAAUAGUCUCUGCAGUUGAUAGUAUUAAAACCAUAUUCUUUUAUAAAUUUUAGUGUCUACUUAUUUAGAAUAGUUUUUGCGUAAUGUGCAAUCCAAAUAUAAAGUUAAUAAUAAAAACAUUUCCUAAUAAUUGUGAAUUAUUGAUAUAAUAUUAUUUAGUGGUCUUAUUCUAUAAUUCGUAUAUUAUGUUAAAAGCAUUUUAAAAAUAUUUCCGAAGGGUCCUCCUCGCACCUCCCUCAUCCCUCGGUGGGGGCUCGUCUCCCAAAAUGUUUUUUUACACAUUACCAUAUGGCAGCCUGUAAAAAUUGAAAUAUCUGUGUUGAAAUAAUUGUGUAUUAUACUUCAGUCUGCUUAAUAUUGUAUUUGGAAAGGUGUUUUAUAUUUUGUGUUUAGUUUGUAUAAAAUAUGAUUGGCAGUUCUGGAUAGCCUAUCUGAAAAACAAUAAGGAUUGUCUGGUUAAAACACUGUUAACUGUAAAAUUUAAUAGGUUAAAGAUGAAGAGAAAACGUUUAUUAAUCAAUUUUGUAGAGAAAAGUACUUCAUUGAUGUUUUAUAAAACAACAGUAAGUAGUUCAAUUUUAUUGAACCGUUUAGAAUAUAAUAUGAAUUUUGAAUAUAACAUAUGAAAAUAUACUAAAUUAGUACAAAUUUUGUCGACAGAUUUGUUUUAUUUCAUCAGAAUUGCUACAAUCGUGAUGUACCACAUCCAUGAUAACCUUGCAGUUUUUCAACUACUGAUAAUUUCAAUUAAAUUAGAUAGUAAAUAGCGAAGCACAGAUAGCGAUGUUCAAAGUAAUAAAUAGUGAACUUUAUUUUGCCCUUUAGUCUUGUCAUUUUAAGGAUAUUUUGUUAAGUUACAAAAACAGGUAAUAAUUAUUUAUUUUCUAAAUUUUUGUCUUGCGUUUUUGUGAUUAGUAAUGUUAAACAUCACUUAUAUGAGUUUAAUAUAAUUUUCCAAUAUUAAUAAAAUGUAUUUUUUGUAGGAUCUAGAUUUUGAAAAUUUUAUAUAAAUGAAGGCUGUUUGUAUCAGAUGAUCUUUACUGUUGUAGAAUAGAAUCUCUAUUGUUUUCUAUAGGUUAAGUUAUACUGUAACAAAAAUACUCAUACAUUAUACAUAUUUGUACCUUUAUCAUUUCCCUAGAUGGUUCUGUUGAGUCUCUGUUGUGUUAAAUAAGUGUGCAUAUUGUUUAUUGAAUGUCUCUAGCUAAAUGUUAUUUUGCUACAAUGAACUGUUUCUUACAUUUUUAACUACUUAAUCAUUAAAAGAAUAAUUUGUCUAAA